CCAGCCAGUCUCAGUACAGCUGGCUCUAUAAAUGAGUGGAAAAAGAAUCCAGAGCAGGAGAGGCUGUGGGGGAGACAAAAGCCUGUCUGUCUUUACUGUCAAAAUUUUCUUGUUCUUCUGUGCCCCGAAUGUUUCUCAAGUAUGAAGGCAAUGAGCUUAUUCUUUUUGGUGGGAUUUAUGGCAGAGUUUCAAAUCUUCCUAAGAGCCUCUUCUCCAGUGAACUGUCAGUGGGACUCCUAUGGCCCUUGGUCUGAAUGCAAUGGUUGUACCAGGACACAGACUCGAAGGCGUUUGAUUGCUGUUUAUGGGCAAUACGGAGGCAACCCAUGCGUGGGAAGUGCUUUCCAAACACAAUCCUGCAAUCCUGAACUAGGCUGCCCAGCUGAGGAGGGAUGUGGAGACCGUUUUAGGUGUUUCUCAGGCCAGUGCAUCAGCAGAUCCUUGGUUUGCAAUGGGGAUUCUGACUGUGAAGAAGAUAGUGCUGAUGAAGACAGAUGUGAGGAUGCAGAAAGCAGACCUUCCUGUGACAUCGAUAAACCUCCUCCCAACAUAGAACUUACCGGCAAUGGUUACAAUGCACUCACAGGCCAGUUCAGGAACAGAGUCCUCAACACCAAAAGUUUCGGUGGUCAAUGCCGGAAAGUGUUCAGUGGGGAUGGAAAAGACUUCUACAGACUGAGUGGAAAUAUCCUCUCCUAUACAUUUCAGGUCAAAAUAAAUAAUGAUUUUGACUAUGAGUUUUACAACAGCAGCUGGUCUUAUAUAAAGCACACAUCCAGAGAAUAUAAAUCAUCUUCAUCAAGCAAGUUCUUAUUUUUCUCUUCCUCAUCUGAUCAUAACAGUCAUAACUCAAAGACCAAGGAAAUUUACAUGAAAAAGAGUUAUAAAUUGUUGGUUGUUCGGAACAGUGUUGAAGUGGCCCAGUUCAUUAACAAUAAUCCUGAAUUUUUACAACUUGCUGAGCCAUUCUGGAAGGAACUCUCCCAUCUUCCCACUCUAUAUGACUACAGUGCCUACCGACAGCUAAUUGAUCAGUAUGGGACACACUAUCUACAGUCCGGGUCCUUAGGAGGAGAAUACAAAGUUCUGUUUUAUAUGGACUCAGGAUAUAGCAAACACAGUGGUUUUGAAGCAGCCCAGGGGAAGGAAUGUUCUUCUUCGGAUUUACGGUCUUUUUUUGUGGGCACAUCGGAUAAGAGAUGCAAGGAACUGGAUAAAGCUUUCAAAUCAACUUCAGGAAGCCAGAGCAGGAAGCUUCAAGGGGAACCAUUUGUCAGAGGUGGAGGUCCUGGCUUUGUAUCUGACCUUAGUUUCCUGGAGCUGGAUAAUCCUGCUGGAAACAAACAGCGGUACUCUUCCUGGGCUGAAUCUGUAACUCAUCUUCCCCAAGUCAUAAAACAAAAGCUGAUGCCUUUGUAUGAGCUGGUCAAGGAAGUGCCCUGUGCAUCUGUAAAAAGACUGUACCUGAAGCGAGCUCUCGAGGAGUACCUGGGUGAAUUCGACCCUUGCCAUUGCCAGCCUUGCCAGAACGGUGGCCUUGCUACUGUUGUGGGGACAGAAUGUCAGUGUCACUGCAAACCAUACACAUUUGGUAUGGCGUGUGAGCAAGGAGUCCUUGUCGGCAAUCAAGCAGGAGUGGUUGAUGGAGGUUGGAGUUGUUGGUCCUCUUGGGGCCCCUGUGUUCAGGGGAAGAAAUCAAGGAGCAGAGAAUGCAAUAAUCCCCAGCCCAGAGCAGGUGGAAAGGCCUGUAUUGGAGAAACAACUGAAAGCCGGCAAUGUGAAGACCAGGACUUAGAGAACUUGAGAUUACUUGAGCCACAUUGCUUUUAUUUGUCGUUGGUUCCAAAAGGAUUCUGCCCAUCACCCCCUGCCUUAAAAGAUGGAUUUGUUCAAGGUGAAGGUACCACGUUUCCUGUUGGGAAAAGCAUUAUAUAUGCUUGCAAAGAAGGGUAUUCCCUUAUUGGUGAUCCUGUUGCCAGAUGUGGAGACGAGUUACAGUGGCUUGUUGGGGAAAUGCAUUGUCAGAAAAUUGCCUGCUCUCUACCUGUACUGAUGAAUGGCAUGCAGAGUCACCCCCAGAAACCCCUUUACAAGGUCGGUGAGAAGGUGACCCUCUCCUGUGCAGCUGGCAUGUCCUUAGAAGGUCCUUCAACAUUCCUUUGUGGAUCCAGCCUUAAAUGGAGCCCUGAGCUGAAAAACACCCUGUGUAUGCAGAAAGACACCAGCACUCUCUCACCAGCAGCUCCUGCAUGUCAGCCCUGGGAGAAACUGCAGAACUCAAAAUGUGUCUGUAAAAUGCCCUACGAGUGCAGAUCCUCUUUGGAGAUAUGUGCUCGAGAUGAGAGAAGCAAAAGGACACUGUCUCUGACCAUCUGCAAGAUGCAUGUUCUCCACUGUCAGGGAAGAAAUUAUACUCUUGUUGGCAAGGACAGCUGUACCCUGCCUGCCUUACCUGAGAAAGCUUGUGGUGUGUGUCCACCCUGGAGCAAAUGUGAUGCUCAGAACAGCAAAUGUAUCUGCAGAGAAGCAUCUGAGUGCCAGGAAGCAGGGUACAGCAUCUGUGUGGACGUGAAUGGCAAGGAGGAGACCAUGUCUGAGUGUGAGGCAGGUAUCUUAAGAUGCAGAGGGCAGAGCAUCUCCAUCACAGCCAUCAAGCCCUGUGCUGAAGAAGCCCAGUAGGACCCAGGGGUCCUUGGUCCUUUUCAUCAGAAUCUAGUUGGCAAUGGAUGCUGAGUUAAAACAUCUGAAACUGGCAUUUAGAUUGCUUUCCCAGCAUGAAGGUACCAUCUUUUCUCCUUCCCUUCCAGUAUAUACUUCUCCCUUCUGUGUCCAGCCACCUGUGUAUACAAACCCUUUGUUUUCCCAAA